AUGACUGUCAAAAAUAAGACCGAAGAUCCGAAAAAGGAGAAAGUUGAACCAGCAGCAGCUCCUAAUGAUGAUUUGUCUGAAGAAGACAAGCGUUUGCAAGAGGAACUUAAUAUGUUGGUUGAUAAGUUGCUGGGUAGCGAUGUAGACCUGUAUUUACCAGCCUUACAAAUGCUUAGCAAGCUUAUAAGAACAUCUACUACAUCGAUGACGUCAGUACCAAAACCACUGAAGUUUCUGCGGGAGCAUUAUCCAGCCUUGAAGCAAGUGUAUGAGAAAAUUGAUAGUGCACAAACUAAAAAGUUCUGUGCUGAUGUUGUAUCUGUUUUGGCUAUGGGAGUCAGUACCGCAGUUGAUGCUGCUGAAAAAAGAGAAUGCCUGAAGUAUUGUCUGUUAGGAACAAUGUCAAAUGUUGGUGACUGGGGACAUGAAUAUGUCAGGCAACUGGAAGGUGAGAUAGCUGAAGAAUGGAACAUAGAUAAUAUGGAUUCCCUGCUGCCUUUGGUCAGAGAUGUGAUUUCGUUUGAUAUGAAACAUUCAGCUGAGAUCCAAGCUUGUGAUCUUUUGAUGGAGAUAGACCGCCUCGACCUCCUCACUCAGCAUAUGGACCAGAGUAAUUAUCCAAGAGUGUGUCUCUAUUUGAUUGGAUGUGCUAGUUAUGUAGUAGAACCUGAGUCCACUCAGAUUCUGCAAGGCGUUCUUGACACAUACAUACGUUUUGGAGAAUACCCUCGUGCUUUGUUGGUGGCCAUGCAACUUCAUGACAAAGCCAAGUGUGAAGAAGUUUUUAAUGCCUGCACUGAUCCAUUGAUCAAAAAACAACUGUGCUACAUGCUUGCUCGUCAAUAUAUACCCUUAGAGGUAGACGAUGAAGAUUUACGUACUAUUCUUCUUAACGCGCAUAUUAAUGAUCAUUUUCUCAGCUUGGGCAGAGAACUUGAUAUAAUGGAGCCCAAAACUCCCGAAGAAGUUUACAAAACUUGGUUGGAGUCUGCUGGGUCAGCUUUGCGGCCAUCUCUUUUGACGGAACACCCAGUCGAUUCUGCAAGGCAAAAUCUUUCAGCUACAUUCGUGAAUGCGUUUGUUAAUGCUGGUUUUGGACGCGAUAAACUAGUGACCACUGAAGAUGGAAACAAAUGGAUGUACAAGAAUAAAGAUCAUGGAAUGUUGUCAGCAGCAGCCUCGUUAGGUAUGAUUCAUUUAUGGGACGUGGACGGCGGUCUAACCCCAAUCGACAAGUAUCUGUACACCACCGAUGAACACAUCAAGGCGGGUGCGUUACUCGCCCUAGGACUGGUCAACUGUGGAGUCAGGAAUGAGUGUGAUCCAGCUUUGGCGUUGCUCUCUGACUAUGUGCUCCACUCAAGUUCAAAUCUCAGGAUUGGUAGUGUUCUAGGACUGGGUAUCGCAUAUGCGGGUACGCAACGUGAAGAUGUUUUGUCGCACCUGCUUCCCGUGUUGAGUGACACAACGGCUCCGCCCGAGAUCUGCGCGCUCGCUGCGGUGUCCUGUGGUCUCAUCGCUGUUGGCUCCUGCAAUGGGGACGUAACCUGUUCAAUUAUUCAACGUCUAAUCGAUGACAACAAGGAUUUACACUCAUCCACCUAUGCAAGAUUCUUGCAUUUGGGACUUGGAUUGUGCUUCUUAGGCUGCAAGGAGCGCACGGAGGCGACGAUGGCGGCGCUGGAGGUGCUGCCGGAGCCGCAGCAGUCGCUGUGCCAGACCACGCUGUCCAUGUGUGCCUACGCCGGCACCGGUGACGUGCUCGUUGUGCAACAAAUGCUGCACAUCUGCUCUAAGCACUAUGAAACUGACAAUGAACAAUCCUCUUCAGAAGACACAGCUUUUAAGAAACAGGACAAGAAAGAAUCCAAAGAAAGCAGCAGUGCCCCCUCUGCUGGCAGCUCCAAGGAUGAUAAGAACAAAAGCAAGUCAUCGAAAGACGGUAAGAGCAAGGAAAAGGACAAGGAAAAGGAAGCAAACAAGGAGCUUUCAUCCGUACAGGCGGUCGCUACGCUUGGUGUCGCUGUCAUCGCGCUCGCCGAGGAGACCGGGGCCGAGAUGUGCACGCGGAUAUUUGGACAGCUGGGUCGUUACGGCGAGCCGGCUGUUCGAAGGGCGGUGCCUCUAGCCAUCGCUCUGUGUUCAAUAUCGAACCCUCAGCUAGCUGUGAUCGACGUUCUGAAUAAGUAUUCCCACGACUCAGAUAACGACGUCGCUUAUAAUGCGAUCUUCGCCAUGGGUCUUGUUGGAGCUGGAACUAACAACGCCAGGUUAGCGACAAUGUUGCGAGCUCUAGCAUUAUACCACGGCAAAUCUCCAGUGCACUUAUUUAUGGUGCGCUUAGCACAAGGGCUGUGCCAUGCGGGCAAAGGCACCGUCACGUUGUGCCCUACUCACGCGGACAGGCGCCUUAUCAACCAACCCGCGCUCGCCGGGCUACUUGUCGUACUUACGGCUUUCCUGGAUUGCAAAAAUAUAAUCCUGGGUAAAUCACACUACCUACUGUACGUAUUGGCCACGGCGAUGCAACCUCGUUGGUUAGUUACUUUAGACGAGAAUCUUCAACCCUUGAACGUGAGCGUCCGUGUUGGCCAGGCUGUUGACGUUAUCGGCAAAGCGGGCACGCCUAAAACGAUCGCUGGUUCACAUACGCAUACCACCCCUGUAUUACUCUCAUUUGGCGAACGCGCAGAACUUGCAACCGAUGAAUACAUACCUCUGUCGCCCGUUAUGGAAGGUUUUGUCAUUCUCAAAAAGAAUGAGGACAGUGUCAUGGCAUCUGUUCAGUAA